AUGCCUUCUUCUAUUCUGAAUCUUAGAUUUUUACUCGGUCGAAUGCCGUUUUACGGGAUCCUGAUAGUAUUUCUCACAACAGCGCUCACAGUCAAUCCAUAUCUCGUAUGGUCUCGCCUUCGCCAUAUUCCUGGACCUCGAUUAGCACCAUUCUCAAAUUUAUGGAAGCUAAAAUCAGCAUUAUCCGGCAGAAUGCCAGAGGCGUUGAAUGAUGUGUGCGAAACAUAUGGUUCAUUGGCACGUAUUGGACCAAAUGAUCUUAUUUGUAGUGAUCCUGAUGUCAUUCGACGGAUGGGUACUGCAAAGUUAGGAUAUCGUCGAUCGAGAUUUUAUAGUUCUUUCGCUUUCAAUCCUGACCAAGAUACUAUGUUAUCGACUAUAGACGAGAAAAUUCAUGCCGACCUGAAAGUGAAGACUGCUGCAGGUUAUUCGGGCAAAGACGUUGAAAAACCCGAGCAAUCAAUUGAUAGGCAACUUAAUGCAUUCAUUGAUUUGAUUGAGCGACAAUAUCUUUCAACACCAACCAAUUUCCGACCUUUUGACUUUGCUAAGAAGAUUCAAUACUUCACAUUGGAUGCAAUUACAGAUGUGGCUUUUGGGACGCCUUUUGGAUGUGUUGCUCAAGAUGACGACAUGUAUGAUUACAUCAAGACUGUUGAACAAUUACUACCGGCUGCUGUUGUUGCAGGAGUCUUGCCAUGGCUAGUUGCGAAAGAUAUUAUUGCGAAGCGAUUUGGAGAAUCAAAAGAGGUCCAGAAUGAUAUGCUUGGUUCUUUCAUCGCCCAUGGACUCACUCAAGAAGAAGCUAAUUCCGAGACAUUGCUUCAAGUAAUCGCUGGUACGGACACGACUGCCACGGCAAUUCGAGCCAUGUUACUUCACAUUACAACUUCUCCAACUUGCUACAUGGCCUUGCAAGCUGCUAUCGAUGAAGGCGUCAAAAAUGGCGAAAUCUCCUCCCCAGUAACUGAUGCUGAAGCAAGAGCCAUUCCUUAUUUGCAGGCAGUUAUCAAGGAAGGUCUCCGGAAGUUUCCUGUAAUCGCUGGACUUCUACCAAAAACGGUACAUGAAGGCGGCGAUAUCAUUAAUGGCUUUAGUAUACCAGCUGGAACCGACGUUUCACUUAGUUUGAUUUCUAUUGCGCAUUCGAAAGCCACGUUUGGGCCAGAUGCCCAUAUCUUCAGGCCCGAAAGAUGGCUCGAAUGCGACGACAAUGAUAAAUCAAGAAAAAUGACUCUCGCAGCCGAUUUAGUUUUUGGAUCCGGUAAAUGGUCUUGUUCCGGGAAGAAUAUAGCCAUGAUGGAAAUGGGAAAGAUUCUCGUAGAACUAUUUAGAAGAUUCGACAUAUCCUUGGUGAAUCCGAUCAAGCCGUGGAAGUCGUUCAGUGCUGGGGCAUAUAUACAAUCCGAUCUUCUUGUUCGGUUCGCGAAGAGAACACAUUGA